CGCAAUGUCUAAGUGUGCCGGAUUUUCUCCUUGCGUUUUAAAUGCGAUUCAUGUUUUAUUAUUUGUCCUUUGAAUCUCUCCUUGUAGCUGUUUAAUCUAUUAUAAGAUUUUUAUUAACUACAGUCUGUGCGGAAUACAAGGCUAUCCUGAAUUUUUGAACCGUUUGUAUCGUAGAGACUUGAAUGUAAGGCAACUUUAAAUAUAUGGUACAAGAAAGAUAUCGUUGUCUAACUACUUUGACUUUAAAGUUAUGGCUGCCUUAUGUCGGAAAUGUUUUUCCUACUUAGGACUACUAAUGUAAUGUAUAAGUAAUUCCUAUUUAUUAUUUUAGUAAUGGAUAGUUCAUGUUAUUCUUGACCUUCAGUCACAUAUUAUGACGUGCCAAAUAGAUACUAUGGAUCCUCCAAGAAUAUUAACCAUUGAAUGGGAAAUGAUGGACAAAACCCGCUUUUUCUCUCUUUCAAUGGUAAACUCGUUUGUUUUACGUGGUGUUCUAUAUCCUUUUACUGUCAUCAAGACUCGUCUUCAAGUUCAACGACAGAAUGCUUUGUAUAAAGGAACAUUUGAUGCUUUUGUUAAAAUUCUACAAUAUGAAGGUAUAUGUGGUCUGUACAGAGGAUUCUGGAUUAAUACCAUACAAAUUGCAUCUGGUAUUGGGUACAUAAUAACAUAUGAAAAAGUAAGACAUAUGUUAGCUAUUUAUGCUGGCAUAAAUGACAGAAGAAUAAAAGGUCUCAUUGGUGGUGGUUGUGGAUCAUUGGUUGGACAAACGGUUAUAACACCUUUCGAUGUUGUUUCUCAACACAUGAUGAUUCUUGGACAGUUGAAAAAUAAAUCUACAGCUAAUUCACCUGUAAUGAAUCCAUUAAAUAUAAAUAUAUAUGAAUCUAGGAAGAGUCUUGCAAUGACUAUUGUGAAGGAAGUGUACAAAAAGGAUGGUUUUAGAGGAUUCUAUAGAGGCUAUUAUGCUUCACUCUGUACAUAUGUUCCUAGCAGUGCUCUGUGGUGGAUGUUUUAUCCAGUAUAUUCAGAUGCGCUGGCUUCAGUAGUUCCAUUGUGGACAUCUCAUAUGUUUAUUCAUUGUGUUGGUGGUCAGUUGAGUGGCAUUACUGUUGCUGUGAUUACUAAUCCAUUAGAUGUUAUUCGAGCUCGUAUUCAGGUUCAUAGGAUGAAUUCCUUUUCUUGUGCUCUCAAUACACUUUGGCGGGAAGAAGGUAUUUCAUUUUUAUCGAAAGGACUCUCAGCACGUGUGAUACAGACUUUUUUCUCAUCCUGUUUUGUUGUGUUAGGUUAUGAAACACUGAAAAGAUGGAGUGUAUAUGACAAGUAUAAAGACCAAAUACGUUGUGAUGACGAGAAGCGGGGCUUUCAUUUCGUCCAGAUUGAAUCGCCAAACUACAGGUACCACAUAGACCUUUUUUAACCAACUGAGGGAAUGUAGACUGACGAGGCAUCCUUUUAUUAACUGUCAUAUGAAAUCCUUGAUCCAUAACGACUGCAGUUUUAUUCAUAGCAAUCAUGUUGAAGAAUUAUGUUUCAAAAACGUGGAUGUCAUCAACAAAGACUCAAAAGUUCCGAAGUAAGCAGAAAUCCCGGUGUAUCAUACAAGUUUUCUUCACCAGACCGAUUUUGUGUCAAGUAGUUGAUGUUACCUCAAGAAUUGCCUUUAAUAAACCUCUCUCCCUCAAAUAUUGCUGAUAUAUAUAUACAUGUA